AUGCCAUCCCAUUACCACGAGCAAUCGCUCGAAAGCACGAGCACGAGCGCAUCGGGCGUUGGCCACCGCGGCGAGCAUAACCCGGCGAUGUCGUCGACGGCCACAUCGUCGAAAUCAGAUUCGCCGAGGAGCACGUUGCUGACUGGUCCCUCUUCGUCUAGUCCACGGUCGCACAAGUUGCUGCCGUACCAGCCGUCGAGCUCAGUCUCCCACCCACACCCCGACAUUCCAGCUUCUAGUACACCACACAAUAACCAAGACCGUCGGAAUGUUCCGCCUCUUCCUCUGAACGGGUCCCCUGCGCCCAAUAAGCCUGCAGCCGGUCGACAACCCAGUCUACCCUCUCAACACCACCUCGAAAGCAUCGCGCUAUCGGGUUAUUCUCACCCCCAACAUGUCUCGAUAAACAACUACCUCGACUCCCGUCUCGGGACUCCCCACUCUCCGCUUAGGAACCCUUCGGACCUAGCCGCCCACCAUGGCCUACCUCAGUCUUUCCCCAAAGCUCCAUCGCUCGUACCAACUCGCUUCGCUCAACAGCAGCCCCAAUCAGACCCAGUACAAGACUUCUUCGCCCUUUGCCAAAACUAUUCUGCGAUGCUCAACAAGGCUCCCGAAAACACGGACGGCCCUACCGCCUUCCCGGCGGUAGACCUCGGCCCUCCCCCGAUCUCUCCCAAAGAGGCAGCGCUUGCCGUCUUUGACGUCCUGCAGCAAGGUUCCGCCUAUGAGCAGACGCCUCUGGACGAGUUCCUCACGGGAGCGUUCGAUGACUCGCCCGAGUCAGACAUGCUCCCCACGCCCGGCCACAGCCCCAUGGACUUCGGCGCCGAUAUAUUCCAGGGUACCCCCCUCACCGGCAUGAUGGACUCAUUCGACGACUUCCCGCCGACCAGCGCCUUUGACUUCACCUCCGCCAUGGGCAAGCACCAUCACAUGCCCGCGCACCCGCAGUCGUUCGACACUCUCCUGACCAUGACCCCGGAGUCGUCAAUCGAGCCGUCAUUCUUCAACACCCCCAUGACGCCCGCGCUUCAGAACUUUCCCACAUACGCGCCACAGCCAACAUCCGCUCCUACGCCCGAGCCCACCGAGGCGGCGAAGGCGGCAGCGACGCGUCGCAAGUCCCAGCCAACAGGUACUCGCAAGAACGUGACGCCCGAGUCACUCGUACCAAUCGACGCGCCCAUCCAGCAGCGCAAGUACCUGGCCCCGUCCGCGACCUCGCGCAAGGAGGUCCCGGCGACGUUCGCGCGCAAGCGUGCACGGUCGCAGGCGUUUGGCGACGAUGAGGAGGAGGUGCCACAGGGACCGACCAUGUCCGAGGAGGAGGCCAUCAAGGCGAAGCGGCUGCAGAACACGCUCGCCGCGCGUCGGUCACGGAAGCGCAAGCUCGAGCACCAGCAGCUUCUCGAGGAGACGAUCGAGGCUGAGCGCAGCGCCAAGGAGCAGUGGCGUGCGCACGCGAUGGUACUCGAGGCGCUCUUGCGCGACAAGGGCUACACGCCGCCUCCAGCGCCGCAAAUAUGA